ACUCCGUCAGUUUCCUCGGCGGCCGGACGAGCUAGCAGCUAGCCGAGCCAGUGCGCGGUGUCCCCGGAGAAGCGCAGCCGAGGCGCGGGCGACAGAGAGCGAGAGAGCGAGCCAGGGCGCGGCAGAUCCCACUGGCACAGCAGCGCACCAGGUGCCCCCGCGCACGGUCGGUCGCGAUGCUGCCCGCCUUGGCACUGGUCGUGCUGGCCGCCUGGACGGCUCGAGCGCUGGAGGUGCCCACUGACAGCAAUGCUGGCCUGCUUGCAGAGCCUCAAGUGGCCAUGUUCUGUGGCAAGCUGAACAUGCACAUGAAUGUACAGAAUGGGAAAUGGGAGUCUGAUCCCUCCAAGACCAAAACUUGUAUUGGCACCAAGGAAGGCAUCCUGCAAUACUGCCAAGAAGUCUACCCUGAACUGCAGAUCACCAAUGUGGUUGAAGCCAACCAGCCUGUGACUAUCCAGAACUGGUGCAAGAAGGGAGGCAAACAGUGCAAGACCCAUCCCCACAUUGUGAUCCCCUACCGCUGCCUGGUUGGCGAGUUUGUAAGUGAUGCCCUUCUUGUUCCUGACAAGUGCAAAUUCUUACACCAGGAGAGGAUGGAUGUGUGUGAAACCCACCUUCACUGGCACGCCGUCGCCAAAGAGACCUGUAGUAAAAAGAGUACCAACUUGCAUGACUUUGGCAUGUUGCUGCCCUGUGGAAUCGACAAGUUUCGAGGGGUGGAGUUUGUGUGUUGCCCACUGGCAGAGGAGAGUGAUAAUAUUGACUCAGCAGAUGCAGAAGAGGAUGACUCUGAUGUCUGGUGGGGUGGAGCCGAUACAGACUAUGCAGAUGGGAGUGAAGACAAAGUAGUGGAAGUCACAGAGGAAGAGGAAGUGGCUGAUGUUGAGGAAGAGGAAGCUGAAGAUGAUGAGGAUGAUGAAGAUGGUGAUGAGGUGGAGGAAGAGGCUGAGGAACCCUACGAAGAGGCUACAGAAAGAACCACCAGUAUUGCCACCACCACCACCACCACCACAGAGUCUGUGGAAGAGGUGGUCCGAGAGGUGUGCUCCGAACAAGCCGAGACGGGGCCAUGCCGAGCAAUGAUCUCCCGCUGGUACUAUGAUGUGAGUGAAGGGAAGUGCGCACCCUUCUUUUACGGCGGAUGUGGAGGCAACCGAAACAACUUUGACACGGAGGAGUACUGCCUGGCCGUGUGUGGCAGCGUCAUUCCGACUACAGCGGCCAGCACCCCUGACGCUGUCGAUAAGUACCUGGAGACACCUGGAGAUGAGAAUGAACAUGCCCAUUUCCAGAAAGCCAAGGAGAGGCUGGAGGCCAAGCACCGUGAGAGAAUGUCCCAGGUCAUGAGAGAAUGGGAAGAAGCAGAACGUCAAGCAAAGAACUUGCCUAAAGCUGAUAAGAAAGCAGUUAUCCAGCAUUUCCAAGAGAAAGUAGAAUCUCUGGAGCAGGAAGCCGCCAAUGAGAGACAGCAGUUGGUGGAGACACAUAUGGCCCGAGUGGAAGCCAUGCUCAAUGACCGCCGUCGCCAGGCCCUGGAAAACUACGUCACUGCCCUACAGGCUGUCCCUCCUCGGCCUCGUCAUGUGUUCAACCUGCUGAAGAAAUAUGUCCGUGCUGAACAGAAAGACAGACAGCACACCCUCAAGCACUUUGAGCAUGUUCGCAUGGUGGACCCAAAGAAAGCUGCUCAGAUCCGGUCCCAGGUCAUGACGCACCUCCGUGUGAUUUAUGAGCGCAUGAACCAGUCUCUCUCCCUGCUCUACAAUGUACCUGCAGUGGCCGAGGAGAUUCAGGAUGAAGUUGAUGAGCUGCUCCAGAAAGAACAAAACUACUCGGAUGAUGUCUUGGCCAAUAUGAUCAGUGAACCAAGAAUCAGCUAUGGAAAUGAUGCUCUUAUGCCAUCUUUGACCGAGACGAAAACCACUGUGGAGCUUCUUCCGGUGAAUGGAGAGUUUAGCCUGGAUGAUCUCCAGCCCUGGCAUCCUUUUGGGGUCGACUCGGUGCCUGCCAAUACGGAAAAUGAAGUCGAGCCCGUUGACGCCCGCCCUGCUGCCGACCGAGGACUGACCACCCGACCAGGUUCAGGACUGACAAACAUCAAGACAGAAGAGAUCUCGGAAGUGAAAAUGGAUACCGAGUUCCGACACGACGCAGGAUAUGAAGUUCAUCAUCAAAAGUUGGUAUUCUUUGCAGAAGAUGUGGGUUCAAACAAAGGUGCAAUCAUUGGACUCAUGGUGGGUGGCGUCGUCAUAGCAACAGUGAUUGUUAUCACCUUGGUGAUGUUGAAGAAAAAACAAUACACGUCCAUCCAUCACGGCGUGGUGGAGGUUGACGCUGCUGUGACCCCAGAAGAGCGUCACCUCUCCAAGAUGCAGCAGAAUGGCUACGAAAACCCAACUUACAAAUUCUUCGAGCAGAUGCAGAACUAAGACCAGCGCCACAGCAGCCUCUGAAGUCGGACAGCAAAACCAUUGUCUCACAACCCAUCGGUGUUCAUUUCUAGAAUAAUGUGGACAAAAACAAACCCUUCCGUUUUCUUCUUUGUUCAUUAGAUCGCCUUUUCGACAGCUGUGCUGUAACCCAAGUAGAUGCCUGAACUCGAAUUAAUCCACAAAUCAGUAAUGUAUUCUCUCUUGCUCUCUCACUCUUUACAUUUUGGUCUCUACACUACAUUAUUAAUGGGUUUUGUGUACUGUAAAAAACUUAGCUGUAUCAGACUAGUGCAUGAAUAGAAUCUCUUCUGAUUAUUUAUCACGUAGCUCCCUUAGCCAGUUGUAUAUUAUUCUUGUGGUUUGUCACCCAACUAAGUCCCACUUGAAAUAUGCUUUAAGAAUCGAUGGGGGAUCGCUUCAUGUGAACCUGGGGUUUAGCUGCUUCUCUUGCCUAAGUAUUCUUUUUCUGAUCACUAUGCAUUUUAAAGUUUAACAUUUUUAAGUAUUCCAAAUGAUUUUAAAGAGGUUUUUCUCUCCCCUCCCCUCCGAUUGCAUUUUACUGUACAGAUUGCUGCUUCUGCUAUAUUUGUGAUAUAGGAAUUAUGAGGAUACACGUUUAUUCCUUUGUGCCUGUUUAUGUGCACACAUUAGGCAUUGAGAAUCAAAACUUUAUUUUUUCCUUUUGGUCCAUGUAUCUUUGGAUCUUUGAUAAAGAAACGAAUCCCUGUUCAUUGUGAGCACUUUUACUGGUGGGGGGUGGGGGGUUGCUCUGCUGGUCUCAAAUUACUAAGAAUUCUCCCCAAAAAUAUUCAACAGGAUGAUUGUACAGAAUCAUUGCUUAUGACCGUGAUAGCUUUCUACACUGUAUUACAUAAAUAAAUUAAAAGAAAAUAA